AUGACAGACAAGGAAUUUUAUCCCCUAACAUCUGCCUGUGUUCGGGCCCUUAACGACAAAUUGUAUGAUAAAAGAAAAGGUGCAGCCUUGGAGAUAGAAAAGUUAAUGAAAGAUGCUGUGAAGAACAAUGAUGCAGAAACAAUUAAACGAGUACUCAAAGUAGUUGGGGAAGAUUUUGCUCUCUCCCAGAAUCCUAAUAUUAGAAAAGGUGGAUUAAUAGGUUUAGCUGCUACUGCUAUUGGAUUAGGAAAGGAAAGCACUAAAUAUAUCAAUGAAUUAGCCAGACCUGUGAUAGUAUGUUUUCAUGAUAGUGACCAUCGUGUCAGAUAUUAUGCCUGUGAAUCAUUAUAUAAUAUUGUUAAAGUUGUCCGUGGAAGUAUUUUACCAUUCUUUAAUGAAAUAUUUGAUGCCCUCAGUAAGUUAUCAUCAGAUCCAGAACAGAAUGUUAAAAAUGGGGCAGAACUACUUGAUAGACUUAUCAAGGACAUUGUUACAGAAAGUUCCAGUUUUGAUUUAGCAGCUUUCAUACCACUAUUGCGAGAGAGAAUUUAUACUAAAAAUACCUUUGCUAGACAAUUUGUUGUUUCAUGGAUUGGUGUGUUAGAUGCUGUACCUGAUAUCAAUAUGUUAGUUCUACUACCAGAAAUAUUGGAUGGGUUAUUUCAAAUAUUGGGAGAUUCAAGUAUUGAAAUAAGAAAAUUAUGUCAGAAUAUUUUAGCUGAAUUUUUAGAAGGCAUCAAGAAGUCUAAAAAUGGGGUCAACUUUACUGGAAUGGCUAACAUUCUUAUCGUUCAUAGUCAGAAUUCAAUUGAAAUAAUCCAGUGUACAGCUAUAAAAUGGUUACGUGAGUUUGUAGUAUUGUCAGGGAGAGCUAUGUUACCUCAUAUGGCUGGUAUGUUAGGUUCAGUAUUACCUUGUCUUGCUUACUCUGAUGAACAUACCAAGAGUAUUCGAGAAGCAGCAGAACAGUUAAAUACCAGUCUAAGAAAACUGAUAGAAAAAGAGGAUGAUUUACCAACACCUACACAAGAAUCUCAAAUUAAAAAUACUGAAAAUGUUCACAGCUCAUUUUCGAAAUAUGAGCCUUCAUAUCCAUGUGUAUCCAUAAUUAUUCAUAUUUCAAAUCCUGUACAGUUAGAAGUCUCAUCUGUGAUAAAAGUAUUAAAGUCAAUGUUAAGCCAUGAUGCUGUACAGACUAGAGUAGCAUCUUUAAAAUGGUUUAAUCUACUCUUAUCUAAAACUCCUAACAAGACAUUUCGACAUAUUGAUGAUUUCUUUACACUAUUAUUAGAUACUCUAGCUGAUCCUUCAGAUGAUGUUGUGUUAUUAGAUUUAGAAGUAUUAGCUGAAGUUUCCUCCAAUUCGGUAGGAAAUGCUGACCUCAGUUCAAAAGAUGAACAUAAAUUAUUAAAAAUGAAACCAGGUUUAAACCAGUAUUUUACAGUAUUUAUCAUUAAAUUAAUGGAUUUCUUUAAAAAUAAUAAACAGAUUUUAGAUGAUAGAGGUACUUUUAUUAUCAGACAAUUAUCUGUAUAUUUAAGUGCUGAAGCUAUAUUUAGAGCUAUGGCUGAAUAUUUAGAAACUGACAGUGAUGUGAAUUUUUGUUGUACAAUGGUUCAGACAUUAAAUACAAUUUUACUCACUUCAACAGAAUUAUAUGAUCUCCGUAGUUUACUGAAGGACCUAAAAAAUAAGGAAAGUUGUUCGUUAUUUGUAUGUUUAUAUAAAUGUUGGUGUCACAGUCCUAUAGCAGCCAUGUCUUUAUGUUAUCUUAGUCAAAAUUAUCAUCAUGCUGCACAAUUACUACAGACAUUUGGUGAUCUAGAAAUAACAGUAGAUUUUCUUAAAGAAAUAGAUAAACUUGUACAGUUAAUAGAAUCACCUAUAUUUGCAUAUCUAAGGUUACAGUUAUUAGAUACAGAGAACAAUCAAGAUUUAUUACAUAGUUUAUAUGGGUUAUUAAUGAUAUUACCUCAAUCAGAGGCUUUUAAAUUAUUACAUUAUAGAUUAGAGUGUGUCCCUAAAUAUCAUCCUUCUUUUAAAUCAAGUACCGGUAAUAAUACACAUUCACAAAGAAAAGAACAAAGACCAUUGGUGGCUAGAAUAGAUUUUAAUAACCUGCUACAACACUUUCUUCAUGUUCAAUCAAAACAUAAAUUAUUCAAAAAACAACAAAUAGCAUUAAAGUUACAAUCUGUUAAAAAAUUAGCCUUAUGA